CCAUUACUAAGAACUUUAGUACUAAAUAGUUCCUAUGUUUGUUACUUGUAUUAAAUGGAGCUCUUUUUGUUUCUCUUCAUAUAUUCACUCAUACACGUUUUGCUAUUAAUUGUAUCAUAGUUUUAAUUUGUUGAGAUUGGAUUUUAAGUAAAGUUUGUAACUAUAUAGAUCAAUAUGGACAGAGAAGAAAGUGGUACAUUGAUCAUGGGACGUGCAGAGAUUGACACUGGAGCACCAUUCAAGUCUGUUAAAGAAGCUGUUCUUUUGUUUGGAGAAAGAGUCUUAGUUGGAGAAAUUUAUGCCAACAAGCUCAAAGAGAUGCAAAAUGAAGCAAGCGAGACUGGUCAUGCACAAUCCAAAGCUGGAGCAUUAGCAGCUGAGCUAGAAGAAACAAAGCAAAAACUUGAAGGAUCAAAAGAAGAAGCUAACUUCUUAGCACAAUGCAUCAAAUCCCUCAAGAAAGAACUUGAGCAAACAAAGAAAGAAUUGGAAGAAACAAAGGCAAGAGAGUGGAAGUUGCUUCAACGACGUGAUAUUCCAGAGACAAACGAAGACAUCAAGUUCAUUGCGAACGGAACCAAUGUGGAAAUCAAAACACAAAAUGAUGAUGGUGUUGAUGAUGAGGAAACAAUUCAAAAAAGAAGAUAUGUGAAAUUUGCUAGCCCUCAUGUAUUAGCUCAAGUUAUUCCUAAUAAGGAUGAGUUACUUGUGAGACCUAAUUCAGUUAAGAAAGGUAAGAAGAAGACAAUGAUGCCUUUGAUAGGAUGGCUUUUCUCAAAAAGUAAGAAGGGAAGUUAUGAAGUUGACUCUCCAAAAGCUUAAGGAGUCUUCAGAUAAUUAGCUAGCUAACAUGCUUCAAUUAAGAUUUCCUCAUUCAUGAAAUGUGUCUACCAACUUGCAUGUUCUGAUUAAUAAUUCUUUUGUUUUCCUUGCCAAUUUCUUGUUUUGAAACAAUGUAGGAAAGAGUUUCUCACUCUCAGUUUUUGUAAAUUUGUGACUCCUAGUUCCUUAAUUUGGUUGCUUUGGAGUCUGUUUAGUAGCAAGAGAGAUAUUGGAGCCGUGUGAAAUAGAAAGUGAGAAAAUGAAUAAAGUUAUUUUGUGCAGGUGUAUACUAUGUAUAUAGUGUAAUAUACUUUGCCACUCAAAUAUUCUAUAGCUGA